CGCACGUCCUUUCCGGACCGGGGUUGGUGGUGGGGAGGCUGAUCCUCAGCAUCUUUCCCCGGCUUGCGGGCCCUCACCUGAUCCUUCUCUCCCCCCCGCCCUCCAUCCCAGCCAGCGAGGGGAGGGGAAAGCAGCUGUGGAAGGAGGUCCCUCCCCGGGCUGAUUUGAGCGCUCCUUGCCUUCCGCACGAUGGACGAGCCGGCCGGUGCCCUGCCGCUGUCGGAGGCGGAGAUUGAGCGGCGCUCCAUGGCCGAGGAGGAUCCGAACGGUAACGAGCACGGAGCCGGGGCGAGGAGCAGCACGGUACCGCGCUGGGGACCACAGCACGCCGGGGCCAAGGAGCUCGCACAGCUUUACUCACCAGGUAAACGGUUACAAGAAUGGAUCUGUGUCAUCUCGUGUGUCUGUUUGGUGGUGAUCAACUUCUUUUUCCUGAUGCUGCAUUUUUCUAUGGAUCACUUUUCCAAAUUAAUAGUAGCCAUUUUUGCUGGGAUUGUUACUGCGGAUUUUGCCUCCGGCCUGGUUCACUGGGGAGCAGACACCUGGGGUUCUGUUGAUAUCCCUGUCAUUGGCAAGGCAUUUAUAAGACCUUUUCGAGAGCAUCAUAUUGACCCAACUGCAAUAACAAGGCAUGACUUCAUUGAGACUAACGGUGAUAACUGUAUGUUCACUAUUAUUCCACUGGCCCAUAUGACCUACAAGUUUAUCACUAACAGUCCAGAAGCUAUCUAUGAAGCUUAUGCCUGGGACUGCUAUGUCUUCUGUUUAGGCAUAUUUGUGACAAUGACCAAUCAGAUUCACAAAUGGUCCCACACAUACUUUGGUCUGCCUCACUGGGUCACCAUCUUGCAGGACCUGCACAUCAUUCUGCCCAGAAAGCAUCACCGAAUCCAUCAUGUUGCCCCUCACGAAACUUACUUCUGCAUUACCACAGGAUGGCUUAACUACCUUCUGGAAAAGAUUGGAUUUUGGCGGAACUCUGAAUAUGUCAUAACAAACCUGACUGGACAUAAGCCAAGGGCUGAUGACAUGAAGUGGGCCCACAAGAUGGAAUAGAUUAAUGUGAACUAACCAAUCGUAUUUUUGGCCACUGAACAGUCCAAGCUGUACUCAAGAACAGAAGACGCUUCUAAUUGAUUUUUCUAAAUCCAGACCAGCACUCGGAAACUUGCAGAAUAUGCAAGAUGUGAUAUAUGUUUGAAAGACAUUUUAUUUGCAAAUCGUUGCUGCCAUUCAGAUUAGCUGCUGAUAAUGGUGUAGACACAAUUACAGAAAUAAAUCCUUUGCUUCCCACUUUAUGUUAAUGUACAAAAUACUAACUAUGUACCAUGUCACCUUGUACUCAAUAUUUGGUUGAAAACAGUACCAGCAACACAUUAAGAAAAUGUAAAGAUCAGCGUGCCAUUUCAAAGGUGAAUUUUGGAAGACUUUGGCAAAAGGUAAUUGCAUCCUGAUCAACCUUAAGCAGCUGUUAAAAUAACUGUAAUCCCAGAGAAUUGUGAAGCUCAUGUGGGACUUCAUACAAAGUUUAUUUUAAUUUUAUCAUUGAGUUUUUGUUGUUUUUAAGCAAUGAUGUUAGUGAUGGUUUUAAUGUGAGGUAACAACAACAUAAUAUGGAAUCAAAUCAGAGAAGCUUUCACACUCCUAAUGUAGCCUCACAGUUAACUCAAGAAUAAACAAGAGGACCACUUUAAAAUUCUGUUUUUUACUUUGAUUCUGAAACAGAUUUGAUAAGGAACCACAGGAACAAGUUGAUAGGUUCACCCAACAAUGGUUUCACUGCUUCGCGUGUAGAGAUGAAUCCUAUACCACACCUAUAGCACAAGAAUGAUUUUUAUCAUCUCAAACUUAAGGGAAUAAGUAGGUUAUGUGGUUGAUUGUAUCUGUGAAUGAGGUGUGGGAUUAUAUAGUCCAUAGAUUGCAAUCACUACUAAGAGACCAACAGCCACUGACCUCCAGUAAAACUGAUUCACAAAAGCUGUGUGGUCUUGCAAGUAGGUUUCCUCUUCUCUUACCUUAGCUUCAAUUAAUGCCAACUACAAGGAAUUGGUGCCACCAGCAAUAGAUGGCAGAGUGAUCAGCCAGUCUGAUUGAAGUAUUCUCACAAACAGCAAAGCAAAUAAGGAACAGGGUCGAUAAAUCAUGCCUAAACCAUUGUGUUUAAAUAAAGUUAAAUAAAGACUGAGAGAUCGACAUACAGCUAAGUGGGAAACAAAUGCCAGUGAAAAUUCUGCAAUUUUAAAAUGUUCUGAGGGAAUGAAACUCCAUAUGUGUAAAGAUAGAUUAUCAUGGCCUGAAAGUUAUUCAGCAAUCAUGACUUGGGAUGCCUUCAAGUAUUCGAGUCUUGUUCCAUUAGGAGUAAUUAACAUUUUCAUUGAUUUUUUUAGCAGCUUGUUUGAUAUAAAUUAUUGAAGCUAAUGACAAAUUAGUGAUUUCUAAUCAUUGCAUCCAUGAAGACCACAACAGCACAGCAUUUGGUUGAGCAGAGUAGCUCUAAUAGCAAUUGAUAGAUUUUUUACAUUUACUUGCAAUGUGUGGGUGGCAGAGGUUGCUGUCAGUUUUACACAGUAACAGUAGAGAAUGCUGACAGUUUCCCUUUUUCUGCUGAUUCCAGGCCUCAGACGCUGUUCCUGGAGAAGCCAUGGAUGUUGCAACUGUAUUAUAGAACUCUUUGAAACUUACCUUGCAGUUUGAUCCUUCGUAGCUGUUUAUACUAUGGGAUAGAGCUCUUGGAAUGUGUGCCAUGAUAAACAGCCACACCUAUGUAGUUCUGACUGCAAUUUUGGUUUCUCGCCAUAGAUUCUAAGUGAAGAUUUGUAUUAAUUAUACAGUUCCAUCCAAAAUACACCAAUAUCAUACACAUUUCUAGUUGCAGCAGAUUUUUAUAUUGGCUUCUGACAGUGCAUAGAGAAUUUUGUAAUGGUUGCUGCCUGAAGCACCAUUUCCAUUUCAUUUAUAGUUCAGUGCUGCUGUUGAAGUUAGAGAUGGCACCAGUGAUUGUGCUGAAAUAUAAAUUUAACAUCACUCAAAUGAUAGUGAUCAUGUAGUGUCAUGAUCCUACUCUGAAAGCUAUAAUUAGGUCUUUCUUCUGUCUCAAUUUAACACUUGUCCCUGUGUUAUGUCCUACAACGGAUAGUUUAAUUCUUGCAUUUGUCCUUUGCCUCAUGCAUGUAUGCAUGCACACUCUCAAAUCUCCUUCAUUAUCUCCUUCUUAGAUUUAUGCUUAAAGUUGUUCAUAAGCUGUAAGAGAACAUUCUAGCUUAAUCCUGCUUUGACUUUCUUCAUCUGCUUUUCACCUUUGCAAUGCCCUUUUUUAGUAUCUCUCAAUGCUGUUAAUUUAAGUGGGAAUGAAGAAGGCCAUCUCUUUUACUCUUUCUUCCAUUUUGGUGCCCCUUUAACAUGCUUACUGUAAAUGUAAUUAUAAAUUGGAUUUAGUAUUCCAAAAACAACACAUCUUACUCUUUCGCAAAAGUUGAAAGAAUUUGCCUAUUCAUUCAUAUUUAUUUGUUGCAAAACAAUUCAUUUUAAUAACAUCUGAGGGAUCAUAAAGCAUGUAUGUGGUUUGGUACGUAAGGUUCAUUCACUUUCUAAGUGAAUGUGAUAGAAGUAAAUGAGAGCUGGAACUGUAGCUGAGAGCUGUUUAAAUUGACCCAUACAUUUUCCCAAGCUGACCAGGACCACAACACAGGGAUCUGAAUAAUCAGAUGUCAAUCUUCUGCUUUUAGUUCUAAUUUUAAAGCCCAGAAUGUUUGAAAAAGUGCUGCUGGAAAUGGAGGGGAUUACAUUUUGAAUAUGUAUCAACUACCU